CUCUGAUUGGCCGCUUCCUUCAUCUUCCAUUACAAACGUAAAUCGUUGGAGAGCUUUUGGAGUCUUGCUUGAACCAAAGCGAAAGUUACCCCUAAAAUCGCGCCUUUUUAUCGUCCGAUCUCCAUUUAAACCAUACAGCAAGCUUCAAGAAUGGCUACAACAAGUUCGAAUGUCGAGAAUUUCUCUCCUCAAAUAAUCAAGCAAGUUGCAAGAGAAAUACACGGACUGACGAACGAUCCACCCGAAGGAAUAAAAGUAUUUUCUAAUGAUGAAGACAUUACAGACAUCCAAGCAUCAAUCGAGGGACCUACUGGCACACCAUAUGAAGGAGGAAUAUUUAAAAUCAAACUAGUUUUAGGAAAAGAUUUCCCUGCUGCACCGCCAAAAGGGUUUUUUCUUACCAAGAUCUUCCAUCCAAAUGUUGCAAAGAAUGGUGAGAUCUGUGUCAACACAUUAAAGAAAGACUGGAAGCCAGACUUAGGAAUUAAGCAGGUCUUACUGACUGUCAAGUGUCUGCUCAUCGUCCCAAACCCCGAGUCAGCACUAAACGAAGAAGCCGGCAAACUUCUACUAGAAAGAUAUGACGACUACUCCAAACGCGCGAAGAUGUUCACCGAAAUCCAUGCAAAGUUGUCAGCAUCGAGCUCCAAUAACAUUUCUGAAGGGCAACAGGAGAGCUUGCCAGGAAAGAAAAGAGUUGCAGUCAAUGAGAAAAUGUGUGAUAAGAAAAAGAAAGACAAGAAAAGAGCAUUGAAGAGAUUAUGACAGGGAAAACUAGUGUCUCCGUUAUAUAUAAAGCGAUGGAUUGCCAUGAAUUAGGAGUUUGCCUUCAGUCACUAAAAAAGACCCCAUCUGUCACGCCUUUGUUAUUGUUUGCAUUCAAAAUUGGAAGAUAUAUUAUUUCGAAAGAACCAUCUUAAAAACAUUUAAUAAUCAGCCGUUGGCAAUGGAUGCUUUCUCGCACUUGCUUUUUUGCUGGGACAUUUAUUGGUAUGAUCUUUGAAAUUUUUAACAUGUCGCUUUAAAAAGGCGAUAAAACAUGAAAUUCGAAGUUAAUGUAAUAUAAUAGCAGAGUGUAUAUAUUACCCAACGUAAGCGAUAGUGGAUAUCCAAGAUAAGGAGAGAAAAUGAUGGCAAAAGAGUAUACAUCGAAGAGUUUGUAUGUCAUAGUAAUGCACAUCAAAAGUAAAGAAAGAUCUCUGUUCUUAAACUAGAAAAAAAAAUUGAAUUCUGGGCGCGCUUGAAGGGAAACUUGAACAUGAGCCUCGUCUGAAUUAUAUGGCAUCAAUGUAUCCUCUCCUGCUUUGGAGGUCAGGUAAUUAUUAUUGGUAUACAGAGUGACUAAGGUCCUUACUGUGACUAAGGGCAAACUCCUGUAACACUAUAGAAUUCACACAAAGUAACAUGUACAGUGACACAACAUUCUUAGAAUUAUAUUUUUGACAACUCGCCUGUAGUUGGCAGUCAGCAUUUACAAUUGUGUCGCAUUUUUGUGAUAACUCUGCAGUAGAAGAACUGUACUUUAUGAAAUGUUUACCUCAAUGACCACAUACACCAUAUAAUACGUGGUGCAAGAGGUUUUUGCUAUUCUGUGGGAAAGUUUUUUUCUCGCAGCUAUAAUAAAAAUGAAGACUGGA